UAGUUUGGUCAUUUGCAUCGCCUAAUAGCACUAUAAGAAGAGGCCUCCCCCCCUCCUAAAAUCAUUACCCCCCUUAAUUUUACAAUCGGCUUUGAUCUGAGUGUUGAUUUGCUAUUUUCUUUCGGCUCGUCCUCUUUUCAUCGUUAGGAUGCAGAUCUUUGUAAAAACUCUCACCGGCAAGACAAUCACUUUGGAGGUGGAAAGUUCAGACACCAUUGACAAUGUAAAGGCUAAGAUCCAGGACAAAGAAGGUAUUCCACCAGACCAGCAGAGGCUGAUCUUUGCUGGUAAGCAGCUAGAGGAUGGCCGCACCCUUGCUGACUACAAUAUUCAAAAGGAGUCCACCCUUCAUUUGGUGCUCCGCCUUCGUGGAGGCAUGCAAAUCUUUGUGAAAACCCUCACUGGCAAGACAAUUACUUUGGAAGUGGAAAGCUCUGAUACUAUUGAUAAUGUCAAGGCCAAGAUUCAGGAUAAGGAGGGGAUCCCACCAGACCAGCAGAGGUUGAUCUUUGCCGGUAAGCAGCUGGAGGAUGGCCGUACACUUGCAGACUACAAUAUCCAGAAGGAGUCCACCCUCCACCUGGUGCUUCGCCUGCGUGGUGGCAUGCAAAUCUUUGUGAAGACCCUCACUGGCAAGACAAUCACAUUGGAAGUGGAAAGCUCCGACACUAUUGACAAUGUCAAGGCCAAGAUUCAGGACAAAGAGGGGAUCCCACCAGACCAGCAGAGGUUGAUCUUUGCCGGUAAGCAGCUGGAGGAUGGCCGUACACUUGCAGACUACAAUAUCCAGAAGGAGUCCACCCUCCACCUGGUGCUUCGCCUGCGUGGUGGCAUGCAAAUCUUUGUGAAGACCCUCACUGGCAAGACAAUCACAUUGGAAGUGGAAAGCUCCGACACUAUUGACAAUGUCAAGGCCAAGAUUCAGGACAAGGAGGGGAUCCCACCAGACCAGCAGAGGUUGAUCUUUGCUGGUAAGCAGCUGGAGGAUGGCCGUACACUUGCAGACUACAACAUUCAGAAGGAGUCCACCCUCCACUUGGUGCUUCGCCUUCGUGGUGGCAUGCAGAUAUUUGUGAAGACCCUAACGGGUAAAACAAUUACCCUGGAGGUUGAAAGUUCUGAUACUAUUGACAAUGUCAAGGCAAAGAUCCAAGACAAGGAGGGCAUCCCACCUGACCAGCAGAGGUUGAUCUUUGCUGGUAAGCAGCUGGAGGAUGGCCGUACACUUGCAGACUACAACAUUCAGAAGGAGUCCACCCUCCACUUGGUGCUUCGCCUUCGUGGAGGCAUGCAGAUCUUUGUGAAGACCCUUACCGGGAAGACCAUUACCUUGGAGGUAGAGAGUUCAGAUACUAUUGACAAUGUGAAGGCUAAAAUCCAGGACAAGGAAGGCAUCCCACCAGAUCAGCAGAGAUUGAUAUUUGCUGGAAAACAGCUCGAGGAUGGGAGGACACUUGCUGAUUACAAUAUCCAGAAGGAGUCUACCUUGCACCUUGUCCUUCGCCUUCGUGGUGGUAUCUGAGUUGUGUGGUUGUGUCCUAGUUUGUUUUUACUAGCUACUGGUAAUGCCUUAAUGGCUUUUAAAUAAGUAGUAAGUCCUAAAUACUUGGUUAUGUUGGAAUGGUUAUAAGUACUUGUCUAAAGCCUGUUAAAGAUGGCCAGUAUAAGGUCAUUAGUACUCUUUUUCCUUUAAUGGCAAUAAAGUUGGCUUAGUUUGCCUAAAUAACAUCCUGUUUCUUGUUUCA